AUGACUCCUGAAUCGAACGGGACGGGCGAAGGGGCCCAAAACGGUGACUAUGACGGCAUCGAGACGAAUGGGGCUCGCAGCAAUGGAACCAACGGACACUCCUCUGCUCCUGAACACAACAAGGAUAAGCCAAUGACCGAGCCUGCAACGUCCGAAUCUAAGGCGACGAAGCGAGAGAGCUGGUCAUUGUCACACUUCCGACAAGCAUCCAGUCGGCCGCUCCCGACCGAGUUGGGGGAUGGCUCCUAUAGAAACGUGAUCAGGCGACCGGGGAUUAUGGAGGAUCUCCGUAAUGUCAAGACUCUCAUGGAAAUGGUCAUGGCCAAGCUGAAGGGUGAAACCCAGCAAGAUGACAAGACGAUGAUCAUGGAGCGAACGAUUCAGAUGGUGGCCACGAUGCCGAACCAUUCGGCGAGACAGGAAGUCCUCACGAACCUCUUCAUCGACAAGCUGUGGAACUCGCUCGACCACCCACCACUGCUGUAUCAUGGCGAUCAGUUUCGCUACCGUCAACCCGAUGGAUCCAACAACAACCCCCUCAUGCCGAAACUAGGAGCCGCCGGCACGCCGUAUUCGCGCUCGGUCAAGCCUGGAAAGGCCAAUCUCGGCGCCCUACCCGACCCGGAGACGGUGUACGAGGCUGUUAUGGCGCGGAAGAACUUCAAAAAGAACCCCAACAACGUGUCGAGUAUUCUUUGGUACUGGGCCACGAUAGUGAUUCAUGACAUUUUUUGGACCGAUUCGAAGGACGGCAACAUAAACAACUCAUCCUCGUACCUCGACCUGUCGCCGCUGUAUGGUAACAGCAAAGAAACCCUUGACUCGAUCCGAACAUUCAAGGAUGGCACCCUCAAGCCCGAUGCGUUCGCCGACAGACGACUUCUUGGCAACCCGCCUGGCGUUUGCAUCCUCCUCAUCAUGUUCAACCGUUUCCACAACCACAUCGCCGAAAAUCUGGCGGCGAUCAACGAGAACAACAGGUUUCCCAAGCCGACGGCCAAGAUGAAUAGCGAGGAGACGGCCAAGGCAUGGAAAAAGUACGACGAGGAUCUGUUCCAAACCGCGCGGCUCAUCACCUCCGGCCUGUACAUCAACAUCACCCUCGUCGACUACGUCCGGAACAUCAUCAACCUGAACCGCGUCGAUACCGAGUGGACGCUCGAUCCGCGACAGGAGAUGGGUGUCUCAGUCGGAACGUCCAAGGGAUCCGACAGCGGCGUCGGCAACGCCGUCUCGGCCGAGUUCAACCUUUGCUAUCGCUGGCACUCGUGCAUCUCGCAACACGAUGACGAAUGGAUCCAGACCUUCUUCAAGGACCUCUUGGGGGACAACUAUGGCGAGCUGAACCUCCAAACCCUCAUGGCGGCGGUCAAGAAGUUUGAGAUGACGAUGGACGCCGAUCCUGGCCGUCGCGAGUUCGGCGGCUUCAGCCGCGGACCGGAUGGCCGCUUCAACGACGACGAGUUGGUCGACGCACUUGCGACGGCCAUCGAGCAGCCCGGCGGCGCCUUUGGCGCACAGAAUGUGCCAAGGAUCAUGAAGCCCAUCGAAAUCUUGGGCAUCAUCAGGGGCAGGAAGUGGAACGUGGCCGGGCUGAACGAAUUCCGCAAGCACUUCGGCCUCAAGGCAUACGAGACGUUCGAGGACAUCAAUUCGGACCCCGACGUGGCCGACUCGCUGCGCAACCUGUACCAGCACCCGGACCAUGUCGAGCUCUAUCCUGGUCUGGUGGCGGAAGAGGGGAAGACGCCGAUGGUGCCGGGCGUCGGCAUCGCACCAACCUACACCAUCUCGCGCGUCGUCCUCUCGGAUGCCGUCGCUCUCGUCCGCGGCGACAGACACUACACGACCGACUAUCACCCUGGCUACCUGACCCAGUGGGGGUACGGCGAGGCCAACUACGACUUGAAGAUCAACCAUGGCUGCAUCUUCUACAAGUUGUUCCUGCGUGCGUUCCCCAAUCAUUUCGAUCAGGGGUCCGUCUAUGCCCACUAUCCCAUGGUGAUUCCGUCGGAGAACCGCAAGAUCCUCACAGACCUGAAUCGGGUCGACGGCUUCACGUUUGACAGACCGCGCUACAGGGCCCCGAGCGUCCGGUUUUCGUUGUACGAUGCGAGCGAGCACAUCCUCCGAAACGAGGAAAAGUACAUCGUCAACUGGCAGCAGGCGCUGGAUCGUCUCGUGGGCCACCCGACGAGUACGGCCGUGCACUCGAGGGACGGAAAGCUCCUGGAAUCGCUCAUUUUCGGAGACGGCUGGAAGGAAUCGAUCAAGAAUUUUUACUCCACCAUGGCGGAGCGACUGCUUGACGAGAAGUCGUACAGACUUGCCGGUAAGACGCACUGCGACCUGGUGCGAGACGUCGGCAACCUCGCGCACACGCACUUUGUCGCCCAACUCUUCAACCUCCCCUUGAAGAGCAAGGAUAACCCCAAGGGCGUGUUCUCUGAGCAGGAGUUGUACACGGCACUGGCAACCGUCUUCGCAGCCCUCUUUGUCGACCUCGAUCCAGUCAAGUCGUAUGGGCUCAAGCGCAAGGCGAAGAGUUUGGUGUCGCAGCUCGGGAGCAUAGCCGAGACGAACGUCAAGCUCACCACAACGCUGGGCCUACCCGGACUGUUUACGGCCAAGGCCACGGCCAAGGACGGCGCGCUCUCUGGGUACGGCGUCACGUUGAUCAAGGGCUUGUCCAAGGCCGGACUCAAAGCGGAUGAGAUUACUUGGGGCCAGAUCAUCCCGACGGCAGGGGCUUUCGUGCCGAACGAAGGCCAAUCGUUUGCCCAGGCAGUCGACUUUUACCUUUCCGCGAGCGGCCGGCUUCACCUGGAGGAGCUGCACCGGAUCGCAUCGGAGCCGCGGAACGACGACAACGAUGCGCUACUUCUAGGGUACGCCCUCGAGGGAGUUCGGCUGUCCGGGCCGGCAAGCAUAUACCGCAAGGCGGUUGCUGCCGAAACGGUGGCGGUGGAAGAUUCCAGGCACGUUCGCUUCGAGCCAGGUCAACACGUGUUCGUGUCCCCGUCGUCCUCGGCACGGUCGGCGUCACACUUCCCCAACCCAGAUGGCGUGGAUCCACGACGGCCUCUGGAGACUUACCUGCACUACGGUGCGGAGCCGUACAGGCGGCUGGCCGAGGACGCCGGUCGGGUUGCGCUCGUCGAGCUGACCCGGGCUGUCUUCAAGAAGAAGGGCCUCCGCAGGGUGGCUGGGCCGCAAGGGGAGCUGAAGAGCAUUGAGGGACAGAUCGGGGACAGGCUGUAUAUGACGGAGGAUUGGGGCGGCGUCUGGCCGUUCCCGACAGCCAUGAAGGUGUCCUGGGACGACGAAUGA